AUGAGUGAGAAUUACACCUACUCCUACAGCAGGAGAAGCGGCAAGCAUGAGAAGGAGUACGACGAACGCCGACCUCGCAGUUCCCAUGUCUACAAUGGCCACCUACCACCUUCACCCCCCUCGUCUGACGCAUCCUUUGCGCCUUCUGGCAGCGACGGUGAGCGUGCCCACAAGCGACGAUCCGGUGUCUACAUCAACGGCGAGAAGGUUCCAGAUGUAACCCGCAAACCUUCUCGUCGUGAGAGGCGCAACAGCAACCAUGUUGUCAUUGUCGAACCUCCUGCCUCACCACGCUCGCCACGCACACCACCACGUUUCGACACACCAGUGGGGAGCCCUUCGCGCUCGCCUGCGUAUAUUCACCAGUCUCGCAUGCCCCAGUAUGCACCGCCUGUCCGCCCGGAAGUACGAGUCGAGGUCACCGAUCACCGCACCGGUCGCGAUAACCACUACUACAGACAUGUGCCUACUCCGGCACGAUCCCGCCGCGACUCCUAUUCUUAUGGCAGCAGCGGCGGGAGCAGCGCCUCUGACGAAGCCAUUCGUGUUCAGAAACUCGAACGCGAACUGAGGAAGGCUCAGGAGAAGAAGAAGGCGAAAGAGGCUGCAGAGGCCGCGGAGGCAGCUGCGCGCCGACAAAGGAUCCAAUCUGAAAUUGAAAAACAGAACGCGCACAUUGCGAAUCGCAGCCCUCCAUCAACCAAGCCCCAGAAGUACCGACGCGGAUCAGUUGCCAUACGGCCUGAAGAGAAUCUUGCGAAGGCAUUCCAGAAGGUUCAUAUCCGCGAGAGCGAAGUACAUGAAACCGAGGAGGAACGCUGGCGCCGCAAAAUGCGCGCAGAAGAGGCACGUAGGCAAAAGGAAGACGAAGCCCAGCUACAGCGUUUGAAGGAUCGCAUGACCCCUCAAAGGAGCAACACCACUGGGCGGUCGAGCACAAGGAGACCGCCGACAGUAGAAUAUGAGUAUAGAAUAUGA